AUGUCGCGCUCCCGGCGCCGCGCCCGCCCCUUCCUGCCGCCGACAGGGGGCGGCUUACCCCGCUGCCGGGGCGGGACGAGCCCCGGCCAAUCCCGGCGGCGAUGGGCGGGCUGGGCUGAGCGGCGCGGGGACACGGCGGGAGCGGCGCGGGGAGCCGGGUCCCUGCGGGUCGGGGUGCCGGGGCCGGUACCGCCCGCGCGGGAGCGGAGUGGCUGUGCAACCCGCUCCCCUAGGAGCAGGCGGGGACGGACCAGGCUCCCCAGCGCCGUGCCUGCAGCGGGGACAGCCCGGCGGGCUGGCCUGAACGCCGGCGGCUGGUGGGCAAAGCCCGCCCCUCCGCGCCGCCAAUCGCGGUGCUCCAGCGCGGCGGAACGCGGAGCACGGCGGGGCGGCGGCGGGAAGCGCAGACGGAGGGUUGCCGCGGCAACGGGCGGCGCUGCGGAAGCGCGGACCGGAGCGGAGCCGGUGUGCUCGGGGAAGGGGCUGGAAGCGGACCUAGGGCAGCGGGAGCUCCACCGCCGUCGGGGCCGGCUCCUCGCCACGUCCCGGGAGCUCCGUGCCCGCUGUGCCCCGCUCGCUGCCUUGGCAGAACACGCUGGUUCUCCUGCUCGCCCCUGCCAUGGAAUAAGUGGAAUAAAUGGAAUAAGUAGCUGCCGCCCGCCCGGCUGGAGUGGAUCCCAAAGCAUGUUCCUGCUGCUCUGACAUCAGUUCUUGGGCCCAUGAUAUAACUGGCCAGGACAGACAUGGC